UGGGUGUGGGAGUCUUAAAUCUUAGAGCCUUCAUUGCUUCUCUCACCAACUCCUUUAAAAAAGAGUACCCAAAGCUGACAAGCAGCCAUAAUAUCAACUGCUAAACAUAUGGCAGAAAUGUCAACCCUUUGUACAUUUCUUUUCUCACUUCUACUCUUUGCCUCACAGCCCCUUAUCCUCCCCACUGCUGCCGACGGCCGGUGGCAGCUGCUACAAAAAAGCAUUGGCAUCUCAUCCAUGCACAUGCAACUCCUUAAAAAUGACCGUGUUGUUAUGUAUGAUAGGACUGAUUUCGGCCCAUCCACUCUGCCAUUGGCAAGUGGGAAAUGCCACAAUGACCCAACCAACACCGCUGUCCAAGUAGAUUGUACGGCGCAUUCAGUUGAGUACGAUGUUUUGAGCAACAAGUUCAGGGCUCUUACUGUCCAAAGCAACGUUUGGUGUUCUUCAGGCGGCGUCAUGCCUGACGGUAAAUUGGUCCAAACCGGUGGUUUCAGCGACGGAGAACUUCGAGUCAGGGUUUUCAGCCCAUGCGAGAGCUGCGACUGGCACGAAACACCAAAUGGAUUGGCGGCCAAAAGAUGGUAUGCUACCAAUCAUGUCUUGCCAGAUGGAAGACAAAUUGUUGUCGGCGGCCGGGAACAAUUUAAUUACGAGUUUGUUCCUAAAAACAUAGCCGCCGACACGUUCAAGUUGCAUUUCCUGUCGGAAACCAAUGAACGAGGAGUAGAGAACAAUCUCUACCCUUUUGUGUUUCUCAAUGUCGAUGGAAACCUGUUCAUUUUCGCCAACAAUCGAGCUAUUUUGCUUGAUUAUGUGAACAACAAGGUGGUGAAAACUUACCCUAAAAUACCAGGUGGGGAGCCAAGAAGCUAUCCAAGCACAGGUUCGGCUGUAUUGCUACCAUUGAAGAACUUGAUAGCCGCCACUAUUCAAGCUGAAGUUUUGGUUUGUGGGGGUGCUCCAAAAGGAUCAUUUGUCCAAGCAUUACAAGGUAAGUUCGUUAAAGCCUUGGACACUUGCGCCAGGAUCUCAAUAACCGACCCGAAACCAAAAUGGGUCUUGGAAACUAUGCCUUUAGCUAGAGUCAUGGGCGACAUGGUAUUGCUUCCAAACGGCAAAGUUUUGGUCAUCAACGGAGCACGUUCCGGGUCCGCAGGAUGGGACUUAGGGAGGGACCCGGUCUUAAAUCCGGUGUUAUACAUGCCUGAUAAUGAAAUCGAGUCACGAUUCAAGAUACUAAAACCAACAAAUAUCCCUCGGAUGUACCAUUCCACAGCAGUAUUACUUCGUGAUGGAAGAGUUUUAGUGGGUGGAAGCAAUCCUCAUGCGUAUUACAACUUUACGGGAGUCCUUUACCCUACUGAACUAAGCCUGGAGGCAUUCUAUCCGGGUUAUUUGGACGCCAAAUUCAACAAUUUACGACCCACCAUUGUUGCUCCCAAGUCAAUGUCCGGAAUCAGAUACAGUAAGAAAUUAAAAAUUCAAGUGGUGAUUACAGGUGAAGUAACUCUAAACUUGUUGUCGGUGACAAUGGUGUCACCAGCUUUUAAUACCCAUUCCUUCUCGAUGAAUCAAAGGUUGCUUGUACUUGGAAACGACAAAGUUAUGGCUUCCGGGAAAUCAACGUAUAAGAUUGAAGUGAUGACGCCAGGUUCGGGUAACCUCGCACCUGCAGGCUUUUAUCUUUUGUUUGUGGUUCAUCAAGACAUCCCCAGCCAAGGCAUUUGGGUCCAUUUGAAAUAGAUGUUGAUUGAUAUGUUUGUGAAAUGUUGAUCAUUAUUUAGAGAAAGAAAUGUUUAUUUCAACAAUGUUGUAAAAUUGUCCUCUACAUUAAGCAAAUGUAUUUACAAAUUUGUAUCAAUAUAAAAGAGGAUAAUUGUUUCCGUCA